AUGCUAUCUUUGGUGGAAUCACUUGAAACUGGUCUGGUGGACACGCGAACCACUUCACAACGGGAUGCCCUGAAGAAACUGGUGGGAGGACUGCAGGAUCUGCCUUCAGCACAGAUUCAGACAACGGAAGGUUUGGUGCGGAUGCAAAAAGAAUUUCUCAUGGGCUAUUUACAGGCUGUCGAUGGUGAAAGGGAUCCGGAAAAUCUGUUAUUGAUUUUUGAAAUGAAUCCCAUCGUGAUGAAACACUUCCCAGUCGACGAAGUGAAGGACGACUUUUUCGAAAUCAUGUCUGUCUACUUCCCGAUCGACUUUUCGCCUCCUCCGGGUGGUGGGACAUUGGGAGUUACACGUGAGGCACUCGCGACCCGAUUGCAUCAUUGCUUAUUCGCGUCGCGACUGUUUGCCGCGCAUCAGUUACUUCCGCUUUUAUGCGAGAAGGCCGAUGCGGAUUGGUCUCAAGGUCGUUUGGAUGCCCUGUCUCUCUUAGCGGACAUUCUGCACGGUCGAGUACUCAACCCUAUCGGUUCCGAAUCUGUUGAGUCUGCAGAAGGGAAAUCUGUUCCACUGAACCAUGUAUCAAGUUAUUUGGUCCUGAUCAUACCGUUGUUGGAAAAAAUUGCCGUCGAGAAACAUCAAUUGAAAGAUUUCGCCGCAACAACUUGUCGCAUUCUUGGUUUACGAAUUGAUCCUACCAAUGACAAACCGAUGUCGAUAGACGUUACUGUGAUUUCGGAGAAGUUGCUGCAUGUAUUAUCGCAAACUGUUCGUUAUACGGCUUCACAUCGAAAGCUGACUCAGAUAUUUUUGGUCCAUUUAUUAAACUACUUUGGUUCCCCACUUGUACGCGAUUGUUCGGACUCGGAAUCGAUUGACAAACAACUGACGCGGUUGCAGCCGUGGUGCAAAUUCUUUCGUAUCGCCUGUCAGCUGAUGGAUGCAGCACUGGAGGAUGGCCAUUUCUCAGUAAUGCCUAGUGAUUUAGAUGAUGAAUCUAUGAACACAUUCGAAGGCAUGGACAAACUUUCCUCGCAGUUAGAAAACCUCGUUCAUCAAAUCGACGUUCAUUUGUCGAUCGAAGAUCAAUCCGCCACCCUAUUUGUACCUGUAUCUGAUCUGAUCUGCUUCUGUCCGUUCGGCCUAGUCUUGCGCAUGCACAUGUUGGGACUUUUCAGAGCUAGGAGUUCGACCGAUCUGGAAAAGUGGGCCGUUAUGGUCUGCCGACUGAUUCGCUUCAUAGAUGAACACCUCGAUAUGGAGCAAUCGAUCGCCCUGAUUCGGUGCGUUUGUCUUAAUUGUUCUUUUUCGAUUAACUAUAAUUUAUUCUGUCCUUUAAGAGUUCCCGUAAACACGUAG